GUGCGUCCAAAUGUGGACAGGUCAGAGGGGUAACGGGGCUGUUGGACGCCGGGUAGCUUGUCAAAUGAAAUCCUUGCAGUUGUUGAGUAAUUUCUCUCACACUGGUCAUUUUUCACCACAGAGGACGAGGCUCGACGGACAAAAACACCGGCAGACAUGUCGUACUGCAGGCAAGAGGGUAAAGAUCGCAUCAUCUUUGUGACCAAGGAAGACCAUGAGACACCCAGCAACGCUGAGCUCAUUGCCGAGGACCCCAAUGAUCCUUAUGAAGAACAGGGCCUGAUCCUGCCAAAUGGAGACAUCAACUGGAACUGCCCGUGCCUGGGUGGCAUGGCCAGUGGACCGUGUGGCUCUCAGUUCAAGGAGGCCUUUUCCUGCUUCCACUACAGUAAGGAAGAGGUGAAGGGCUCCGAGUGCAUCGACCACUUCCGUAACAUGCAAGAGUGCAUGCAGAGGUACCCUGAGCUCUAUCCCCAGGAGGAAGAUAAAGAAAGCUCCUCCCAAGCAGGGUCCAACUCUGGUUCUGUCUCCGCCGCCCCGACCGAGGGCUCUGCCUUACCCCCUGAAAUUGACUCCACACCAGCCACUUCAACAUCCGAGUCUGCUGUCUCAUCUGACAGCACGUCACCUACAGACAACCAGGCUGCCAGCUAAGGUCGAUCAGUUGUCAACCAGGCUCUUGUUCUCUGUGUGCAAGCACUGCCCAGCACAAAUGACUCUCCAUGAGGAGCCCUGAUUGGUCUCUUCUCCUGUUUAAGCCUACAGAGAGGGCUCACUGACAUAGCUCUGGCGCUCAUGGGCAAGGACUUUGUGAAUGCAGAGAAACGUAGCAUAUUUACAAAAGUAUUGGCUGCUUUGUUUGCUGAGCUCUCAAAAAUCAAUCAGUAAUUUGGUUUAAUGAAAGUGGGCCAAGCUAUUUGCUGCAGGGACAAUAGCUGAAAGAUUAACUUUAUAUGCAACAGGAAUUUAAUUUGCUGCGCUUUCUCAUGUUUUUCAUCAGAAAAGCUGUUUGUUAGUAUUCAUUUUGUGUGUUGUCCUGUUAAUGUCGACUGGUCAGGAAUAUCACUUAGCACUGAUUUAUCACUAAUAAUUCAAUAUGACAGAAAUCUAAGCAGUAACCACUCUUACUUAAACAGUUGAAUCCCUUUGCUUUCCACCACUUGAGACCAAAACACAAAUAAUUGGUAAGAAAACAAGGUUACUGCUAUAGCUUCUGUUCAAUGAACAUUACCUUGAUAUGAACACAGAUGUUUUUAACUGUUGACAUCUUGUAGACACUUCAGGGACUUCAUCUACAUCUGUUGCCAUAUGAACAAUGGUCAUCAUUUUUGUUAACGGACACUGUAUCUGGCCUAGACCAAAGUGGUUUGUCAUGUUCAACUGUCACUGCAUACAUUGUUUUGUUGUCUUAACACUGUCUAGUCUCCAGUUGGAUGCUGUGGUCACCAUUCAUUGUCAUUCAAGCCUUAAAAGACUUGAUGCCUUUUCUCCAACAUGUCCAGAUUAAAAUGAUCGUUGAACAAUUUCAA